UUAUUAUUAUUAUUAUUAUUAUUAAGAAAGCAGAAACAAAUGCCAGAAUUUAAACCCUGCAUCACAUGCUUGUUCUUGAUCGUGUCCUCGCUAUUAUUAUUAUCCCCAAAUGUGGCUUCUUCCUCCGAUGAGAAUAACUCAGCGGAUGAAGUCUUUAUCCAGUGUGGGACCGACGAAUACGCAGACUUGGGCCCCACCAAGUUCACCCGUACGUUCAUGGCUCUUAUGGACACGGUUUCAGUUAAGAUCAAAGAGCAAGGCUGGAGCGCUGAAUCGAUUAUCAACCCAGUUGCCCCGAUUUUCGCACUAGCGGAAUGCCGCAACGACCUCAACAAUAGCAAUUGCUACAAAUGCUUCAACCACGCCAGGGAAUAUUUGUCGCAGUGCUUGCCAAAGGUAGCGGGGAGAGUUUACAUGGACGGUUGCUUCCUUCGCUAUGAUAACUAUGGUUUCUUCAACGAGGUAUUAGACAAGAAGUACGACCAUAGUGUUUGCAUAAAGUCUUCCUGGAUGGAGAAGAUGGAGUAUAAUAGCACCGAUAGUAAUAAUAGCAAUGCAACGGACCCCGCUGGGUUCAGGGAAAAGGUUGGGAAGGCUGUAACGAACGUGACGGAGACGGCAGCCACGUCUGUUCAUAAAUUCGCAGUGAAUGGGGAUAACAAGGACGUGUUUGCGCUGGCGCAGUGUUGGCACACCUUGGACAGAGAAGGGUGUGAGAGGUGCUUGAAAAGAGCAGAGAGGAAAUUGAGUGAGUGCAUUAUUGUUAAUGAUGAAGGUAAGAGCAUGCUUGCCGGUUGUUUCUUGAAGUAUUCCACUCGCAAAUUCUACGGUGAAGAAUUCGAUGAGAACGGAGUCAAGAACAACUACGACAAUUCUUAUAACAAGGUGAUCAUUGUGUCUCUAUCAUCAGCGGUUGCUGUGACUUUGAUUAUUAUCACAGGUGUGAUGGUUAAGAAAAAGAAAGCACCGAUUUGUACAGUAGGAAUGGACCGUAGCAAGAGGUUUGAGUACGUGGCUGGAUACACUUUUAAAUAUGAGUUGCUUGAAAAGGCGACCAAUUAUUUUGAUCCUGCAUGCAAACUAGGGCAGGGUGGAGCUGGUUCUGUGUUCAAAGGAACGCUACCUCAAGGAAAGACUGUGGCCGUGAAACGACUGUUUUUCACGACGCGACAGUGGACGGAUGGGUUCUUCAAUGAGGUUAAUUCAAUAACAGGGAUUACCCACAAGAAUGUGGUGAAACUUUUAGGGUGCAGUAUUGAAGGCCCGGAAAGCCUCUUGGUUUAUGAAUUUGUGCCAAAUGGGAGUCUUGAGCAAAUACUUUUUGGUAGAGACUCAACAACUUUUUUGACCUGGAAGCAACGUUUUAAUAUCAUAUGUGGUGUAGCUGAGGCCCUAGCAUACCUUCAUGGAGGUACUGAAUCAAAGAUUAUUCACAGAGACAUUAAGUCCGGGAACAUUCUGCUUGAUGAGAAUCUUGAUCCGAAAAUUGCUGAUUUUGGUCUUGCUCGCUUUGUUACGGAAAAUAGAAGUCAUGUUACCACAGGAAUUGCUGGAACAUUGGGAUAUAUGGCUCCUGAAUAUCUUCUUCAAGGACAACUAACAGAAAAAGCAGAUGUCUAUGCCUUCGGUGUGGUUGUUGCUGAAGUUGUAUGUGGCAAGAAAAACAGUGUUUAUACCCAGGGCUCAACUUCAGUACUCCAUUGUAUUUGGAAGAAUUACAAGGCACAGAACAUCACGGCAUCAGUUGAUCCUGCACUGAAUGGUCAAUUUGUAGAAGAAGAGGCAUCAAAUGCCCUCAAAGCUGCCCUUCUUUGCACACAGUCCUCUGUUUCUCUUAGACCAUCCAUGUCUCAAGUGCUUCAGAUCCUAACCGAUAAAGACUUUGUUGUUCCCUCCCCAAGGCAACGGCCAUUCCUAAAUUGCACUAUGCUGAGCCUAGAUGACCGAACACAAGCUACCUCCACCUUCACCCUGACUCCUGAAACUUCACCAAAUGGCCCCGCCACCACUAGUGCAAGAUCCUCUUUCCAUACCACCACAGAUUCAUUUAGUUCAAAUACACAUGCAAUUAAUAUUGCAGUACCUUCUGAUCCAAGGGAGAAUAAUAAUAACGAUAAUAAUAAUAAUAAAUAAUUAAUAUUGGUGCUUGAUGAAAUUUUUUCCGGAUGAUUCAGAUUGGCAUGCUUUGGUUAUUACAAUUCUAGUCAAUGAUGUUAUCCUUCAAACGUGGAGCUGGCCGAGUCAAUGAUAUUAAGAAUGUGUUAUUUGUAUAUUUUGUCUUAUACAAUAAUUCUGACACAUAUUCUUAUUCAUCUCAUAUGAACCUUAAUUUAGUAUGUUGACUCAAUAAAAGAAAAAAUAAGUACCUAAAUCAUUCAUUUUUUUGGGCUAUUAAAUUAGCUUUCAGUUAUCUGAAAUUCUUCCUAUAACGAGGCAUGAGUAGAAGGCUGACAAACAAAUUCAAGGAUUAAUGGAUGAUAAGAGGCGAGGCCACAAGCAGUGAAGAUCAUGAAAGUGCA